AUGGAGCACGAAGACGCCUGGCCGUUCCUGGAGCCCGUAGAUCACGUCAAAAUGAACAUUCCCACCUACCCGAUGUUGGUCCGGAAUCCGAUGGAUCUAGGCACAAUCAAGACCAAACUGGACAAGAAGCAGUAUCCAGACCACAUCGCAUACUGCCUGGAUGUGCGACUGGUGUUCAACAACGCCUGGACCUUCAACAAAAAGACCCACCGCGUGCACAAGCUGUGUACAUCCCUGAAUGCAGCGUUUGACGAGUUGAUCACGGACAAGCUGGCACAGUUAAAGUACUGCUGCAACGGGCAAAAACGUACCUACGUUCCCGUGCCUCUGUACUGCAGUGGGUUAGUGUGCGCCGGUAUGGGUGUGAUACCACGCAAUACGUUAUACUACAUGCACACCACUGCACUGGGCAAACCGUACAAUCUGUGCUCAAAGUGCUGGAACGACUAUGACCCCCUACUGGACGGCCCUGGUCCUUUGGGAGUAGCGAACAAUCCCAAUUCAACCACAGCUGUGUCUGACGAGGGUGUCGGAGGUGUGCAGCAGAUCAUGCUGCUCGACGAGUUUAAUCAGCAAUUCACGGCCGCCAAGGCUGACUUUGAGGAGAAGACAAAUAACGAGCUCGAAGAGGAGCCGUACGAGGCCUGUUACGGGUGCGGCAUGCGGGUGCAUCGGGUGUGUCGCAUGUUUAACCGGAAUGCCGAGAAGUACCUGUUCUGCGAAUUGUGCAGACAGGACCGCAGCGGGACGCUCAAGCAACCGGCAUUCGAGAGGUUCACUGCUGAGAAGCUGCCCAGUACCAAGCUGUCUGACUUUAUCCAGAAGCGUGUGAAUAAGAUGAUUGACGACAACGAGAAGAAGGAUGUGGACAAGGCGAAUGCCACCAAGGUCAAGAAAGAGCCUGGCGCAGAUGCAGUGGGCGAUGAUAAAUAUUUAGAGUACAAGGAGGGACGGAUCUGUGUCAGAAUGAUCCACAACACGGUGAAAACGUAUGUGUCUGGCCCUCUCAUGACGCAGAGAUACCCACAGUCACCCCCAGAGUUUCCCUACAGGCAUAGAGGACUUCUUUUCUUCCAGAAGAUCGAAGGUAACGAUGUGGCGUUCUUUGCCAUGCACGUGCAAGAGUUUGGGUCGGAAUGCCCUGAACCCAACCGUAACCGCGUGUACCUGUCGUAUAUCGAUAGUGUCAAUUAUUUCCGGCCUAAGGAUAUAAGGACAUCGUUCAAUACAUUCAGAUUUGCCAAGUAUAGUUCGGCACUGGUAUUGUGGCAUCUGCACACAGGCACGGGGCCUACUAUCCACAGCGGCGAGUUCACCUGCAAUGUCUGUACGAAGCCUCUCGAGGCGUUCCAGCCCAGAUACCACUGUACCACCUGCGAGGAUUGGGACAUGUGCGUCGCCUGCUUCGACAAAGAGGGCCAUAAAGAGAACCACGACAUCAACAAGGUCGGCACAGACCUACUCGGCAUCAUUGAUGUUGAGGAAGAGGAGAAGAAAAAGGAAGAUACUGAGACGAAAAAGGAUGAGAAGGCGGGCGAUGGCACGAAAAGCGUCAAGCCUGCUGAGGAGAAGCCUAAGCCUCCCGAGCUCACUCCUGCCGAAGUGGAAGCACAGGCCGCCGAGCGCAACCGCAAGAUCUGCGCUACUCUGAUACAUUGUGGACAGUGUACAAAGGCCAACUGCCCGUUCGACAACUGUGCGCGAGUGAAAGGCAUGCUACAGCACGCCCGCACCUGCAACGGCCUGUGCGAGACGUGUAUGUACAUCAAGAAGGUGGUCAUGGAGCAUGCGGCGCAGUGCAAGUUGGGCUACGAUGCCUGCCCACUGAUAUUCUGCAACGAGUUACGGAAGCGCGAGGUACAGCGGGUGCAGCGACUGAUGAUCCAGCAACAGCAGACUAAGAACCGGCGCAGGCUGCAGAUGGAGAUGCAGAUAGUGGCCAACCAACAGCCCAACACGCAGAACAAUAGCCUGGCCGUGGACAUGUCCAACAACGGUCAUCUGUUGAUGUCGCCGACACUCAAUCCGUCAAGCAUGCCAUCACCGAGUUUGACAGGCAACAAAGAACACAUAGGAGGCAAGGGCGGCAAGGGAGGCAAGGGCGGCAAGGGCAUGGGCGGCAUGCAAUCGCCUAUGAUGGGUAUGGGCUCACCAUCUAUAGGCGGUGGGGGUAUCAGCAACAUUCAGCAGCUGCAGUACCAGCAGGCACAGCAGAUCGCGCAGCGCAAGCACGAGGCGAUACAGGCCAUACGCCGACAGAACCUGCAGAACAUGCAACGCACCCGGCGGCAGCAGGAGCUUGCGGCUCAGCAACAGGCGCAUAUGGGCCACGGUGCGGGCAUAGCCAGUAUGAUGGGCGGUGUGGGGGGCAUGGGUGGCCUGGGAGGGAUGGCAAUGAACGGCCUAACCCCGCAGCAGCAGAUGGUGGUGUUACAACAGCAGCAGAUGCGACAGCAGAUGCAGAACAACCCAGCCUUGAUGCUACGACAGCAGCAGCAGGCGGUCCAGCAGCAGGCGAUGUUACAGCAGCAACGAGCGAACCUGCGCAUGCAGCAGGAGACAGCGCAGCAGCAGGCGGCACAGCACAACGUGCUGCAGCAACAGCAGCAGCAGCACCAGGCCCAAGAGGCCAGUGCGCCCCUCCUGGCCAGGCAGGCCCAAAUAGCGCAGUUGCGACAGCAGCAAAUGCACCAGCAAGGGAUGGGCGGAGGCGGUAAUGGCGCGGGUGAUGUGGGUGGCAACCAGGGCGGCAUGCAGCAGAAUGUGCAGCAGCAGCAGCAGAUACAAGAGAAGAAACAGCAGCUGCAGAACCUCAUGCAGCAGGUGGAAGAGAAGAUGAAGAGUACGGCUGCUAACCUGCACCACUGCAACACCAAUCUGCAGCGACUGGCGAACGUGCAGAUACUGUCGGCGGAUCAACUGCGCGAGAAGGAAACCCUGCACCAGGCCCUGCAGCAGUGCUUACAGGAGCACAGCCAGCUCAAGCGCCACGAACAAGAGCUGCACAACGAGGCCCAGAUGCUCAUGCAGGCCGUGGCGCAGGCCAAUGCGAACGGCGCAAACGUGGGCAAUAUGAACGGAGGGGGUCAGAGUGUUCUGCCCGGAGGGGGUAUGCAUCCGGGCAUGCAGAGCGCGCGUAUGAUGAGUGGUGGUAUGGGAGGUGCAGGGCCAAAUAACAUCCCCGGGACGCCUUCCAUGGGCCAAAUGGGAGGUCCCGGCGCGGCAGCCAUGGGCAUGAAUGGGGGCGGAGUUGGCGGUAUGAACAUGAACCCAUCGACACCGUCGCAGCGUGCGGGCCACCUGAACCCGCCCACACCGUCACAGUUCGGUAGCAUGAUGCCACCCCACACGCCUGGGGCUGGCGGCAACACGCACGCGGCUGUCGGGGGAAGGCCCUCACAGACCGGCAUAACUCCAAUGACUCCUGCCAAUGUCCCGGGUACGCCAGCGGGAUCACUGAACCAGAGCAAUAUUGGGGGUAACCUGGGUACACACCAGGGGUUGGGCCCGAGGCCGUCGCAGAUGUCGGCUAUGAGUCCAGCGGUGGGUCCGAAUAACAUGGGCGUUGGUAAUACCCCCAAUGCCGGGGGCAUGAUGGCAGGCCCUAUUGGUGGGCAUGGAGGCGCCAGUUCGGCUAUUGGUCUAGAACGGACUGCUAGCCAUUCGUCCUUCUCGCAGAGGACGUCCACGGGCAACGCCGGUCCGAAUGUCGGCAAUCUGGGACACAACGAGUUCUCGCAGCAGCUGAGGAUGCUGGCACAUCGGAAAGGGCUGGAUCUCAACAACCUCUCAGAUUCGCAGAAGGCGUUGUUGCAGAAAGCCUGGAGGGCCCAACAAGGGAAUAUGGGUGGGUCUAUAAGUGGCAGUGUACCGCCAAGCCCGCAGAUACCUAUUACCCAACAAGGAGGGCAAGGCCAGCCAGGAACCCCGUCCAUGGGCAUGUCCGGUUUGCAACAACAACAAGCACAUGCACAAGCUCAGGCACAAGCUCAGGCACAAGCUCAGGCACAAGCUCAGGCACAAGCUCAGGCACAAGCUCAGGCUCAGGCGCAAGCUCAGGCUGCGUCAGGCUGCUCAGGCUGCUCAGGCUCAGGCUCAGGCUCAGGCUCAGGCUCAGGCUCAGGCUCAGGCUCAGGCUCAGGCUCAGGCUCAGGCUCAGGCUCAGGCUCAGGCUCAGGCUCAGGCUCAAGCUCAAGCUCAGGCUCAGGCUCAAGCUCAGGCUCAGGCUCAGGCUCAGGCUCAGGCUCAAGCUCAGGCUCAGGCUCAGGCUCAGCAGCAAAGAAUGUCGCAGCAGCACCAGAUGCUAAUGCAGCAGAACGCAGCAGGCAACGACAGGGCAAUCAGUCUGAGGGUCAGCCGCAACCGGCAGCCACAGGCCGCAACUCGAGUGCGUUGCAGUCCGUACAACUCACACCCGAACAGCGCCACAGGCUGCAGGAGCUUAUGCAAGACCCCUUCGCGCGGGCACAGAUUGCCGAGCAAAUGUCACGUGUCCGAGAAGACCCCACUGAGAUUCAACGCAUACUGCAGAGGUUCACGUCUCGCCCGUCCCCGCUGGGAGGAGCGGGUGCAGCAUCUGGGGCAGGUGCGAACAUGGGCAUGGGUGCUGGGAGUGCCGGUCCUGCAGGUGCAGGCGGAAACGGCGGGGGGCCGGGGGGACUGGGUAUAGGUCAUUUAGGAACCCAGGGAGGACCUGGACUGAAUGCUGGUGGGCCGCCACCGCAGAGCCCCAUGAUUAACAACAACAACAACAACAACAACAACAACCCACAGACACCAAUGAUGCAUCCACAGACACCGGGGGCAGUGCUGAAUCCCAACACCCCCGGUGCUGCGAAUAUGGGUGGAGGCGGUGCAGGCAUGAAUGUGGGCGCGAACAUGGAGGGCGGGACUGGAGGUGCCGGAUUGCUGGCUGGAGGCACCAUAAAGAUCGGUGACCGAAAUUUCACGCUGAGCGAUUUGCAAGAUCAAGUGCACAUGGGACACUUGCAGAAUCACCAGCUGCAGGAGAUUGUGAGGAGCUCUAUGCUGCAGGCACAGCAGAGUCAGGGUCAGGGCCAGGGUCAGGGUCAAGGUCAAGGUCAAGCUGGUCAGUUACAGCAAGCACAGGCACUUGCUGCACAGAGGGCACAACAACAGCAGCAGCAGCAGCAGCAACAACAGCAACAGCAACAACAGCAGCAGCAACAGCAAAUUAUGUUUAGCCAACAACAACAGCAGCAAGCUAUGCAGCAAGGUGGGGGGCUGGGCCAAGGAGACGGGCAGGGCAAUUUACAACAACAGUUGAUGCUACAACAGCAACAACAGAGGCAGCAGCAGGCUCAACAACAAAAGCAGCAGCAGCUGCAGCAACAAAUGUUCGCCAUGACGCAACAGAACAACAAUGCUGGGGGAGGAGGGACUAGUGGCGCUGGUCCGACGCCUGAGCAGCUGAUGAUGCUACAACAACAGCAGCAGCAUCAACAACAACAGCUACGCAACAAUCAACAGAUGUACCAGCAACAACAGGGCUAUCAGCAGCAGCAACAACAACAGCCACAACAAAUGCCGAACAUGGAUGCAAGUGGAGGUGGUGGAAUGGGCGGUGCCAACGGGCCCACGCCGCAACAACAACAGCAAUUGAUGAUGCUGCGACAACAGCAGAUGAUGCAGCAACAGCAACAGAAUAGACAGGGUGGUACUGGUGGAGGGUUCAUGGGAGGUCUUGGCUGA